GAGCCUGAGCUGGUGCUCGCUGGAGACUCAUCCACGGAGGCGAGGCUCGUUCGGCUGCGAGAGGGGCGAGCGCGAAGGUCAACGUGCGCACAGGUAGCCAGCUCACCGACCCCCGCCACCUCCCACCUGCCCAGCCGGCCCGACGUCGCGCGCACCUGGGGCUUCUCGGUGUCACCAAGUCCCUCCCCCCCGAGAACUGGGAUCCCGAAGUAAGCUGCGCCUUCCGAGGAGGGAGAAAGCCCUGCCGCCUCCCUCGCCUGCCCUGCGGCUGAGUCGCUCUCGGAACCGCCCCAGCGCGUUUGUCGUUGCUGAGAAGCUGAGCCAACCUGAGCGCCAUGAACCAGAUAGAGCCAGGUGUGCAGUACAACUACGUCUACGAGGAUGACGAGUACAUGAUCCAGGAGGAAGAAUGGGACCGCGAUCUGCUCCUGGAUCCCGCCUGGGAGAAGCAGCAGAGAAAGACAUUUACUGCGUGGUGCAAUUCUCAUCUAAGAAAAGCUGGUACCCAGAUUGAGAACAUUGAAGAGGAUUUCAGGAAUGGCCUUAAACUCAUGCUUCUUUUGGAAGUCAUUUCAGGUGAAAGGUUGUCCAAACCUGACCGAGGAAAAAUGCGCUUCCACAAAAUUGCCAACGUCAAUAAGGCCCUGGAUUACAUAGCCAGUAAGGGUGUGAAACUGGUGUCCAUUGGUGCUGAAGAAAUUGUUGAUGGCAAUGUGAAAAUGACUCUGGGUAUGAUCUGGACCAUCAUCCUUCGCUUUGCUAUCCAGGAUAUUUCAGUGGAAGAAACCUCUGCUAAAGAAGGUCUGCUUCUCUGGUGCCAGAGGAAAACUGCCCCUUAUAGGAAUGUGAAUAUUCAGAAUUUCCACACUAGCUGGAAAGAUGGCCUUGGACUCUGUGCGCUCAUCCACAGACAUCGACCUGACCUCAUUGACUACUCAAAGCUUAAUAAGGAUGACCCUGUAGGAAAUAUCAACCUGGCCAUGGAAAUAGCAGAAAAGCAUUUGGAUAUCCCCAAGAUGUUGGAUGCAGAAGACAUUGUGAAUACUCCCAAACCUGAUGAAAGAGCUAUCAUGACUUAUGUUUCCUGCUUCUACCAUGCUUUUGCUGGAGCAGAGCAGGCCGAGACAGCAGCUAACAGGAUAUGUAAGGUUCUUGCUGUGAAUCAAGAGAAUGAGAAACUGAUGGAAGAAUAUGAGAGGCUAGCGAGUGAGCUUUUGGAAUGGAUUCGUCGCACAAUCCCCUGGCUAGAGAAUCGGACCCCAGAGAAGACGAUGCAAGCCAUGCAGAAGAAGCUGGAGGACUUCCGAGAUUAUCGUCGGAAGCACAAGCCCCCCAAAGUCCAAGAGAAGUGCCAGCUGGAGAUUAAUUUCAAUACCUUGCAGACUAAGCUCAGGAUCAGUAACAGACCAGCUUUCAUGCCAUCAGAAGGCAAAAUGGUUUCAGAUAUUGCUGGUGCUUGGCAGAGGCUAGAACAGGCUGAGAAGGGUUAUGAGGAAUGGUUGUUAAAUGAAAUAAGGAGACUGGAACGCCUGGAACAUCUGGCUGAGAAAUUUAGGCAGAAAGCUUCAACUCAUGAAUCUUGGGCAUACGGCAAGGAACAGAUCUUGCUACAGAAGGAUUAUGAGUCUGCUUCUCUGACUGAAGUCCGAGCUUUGUUGAGGAAACAUGAGGCUUUUGAGAGUGACUUGGCAGCUCACCAGGACCGGGUGGAACAGAUUGCUGCCAUUGCCCAGGAGCUGAAUGAACUGGAUUAUCAUGAUGCUGCGAGUGUCAAUGACCGAUGCCAGAAGAUCUGCGAUCAGUGGGACAGAUUGGGAACACUUACUCAAAAAAGGAGAGAGGCCCUAGAGAGGACUGAGAAAUUGCUAGAAACCAUUGAUCAGCUUCAUCUGGAGUUUGCCAAGAGAGCUGCCCCCUUCAACAACUGGAUGGAAGGUGCUAUGGAAGACCUACAAGACAUGUUUAUUGUCCACAGUAUUGAGGAAAUUCAGAGUUUAAUCACUGCCCAUGAGCAAUUCAAAGCAACACUGCCCGAAGCAGAUGGUGAAAGACAGGCCAUCAUGUCCAUUCAGAAUGAGGUGGAGAAGGUUAUUCAGAGCUACAACAUUAGAAUCAGCUCAAGCAACCCAUAUAGCACGGUCACCAUGGAUGAGCUUCGUGCCAGAUGGGAUAAGGUGAAACAGCUUGUGCCAGUACGGGAUCAAUCCCUGCAAGAGGAACUGGCCCGCCAGCAUGCUAAUGAGCGACUUCGGCGCCAGUUUGCUGCCCAAGCCAAUGCUGUUGGACCAUGGAUCCAGAACAAGAUGGAGGAAAUUGCCCGUAGUUCUAUCCAGAUCACUGGGGCUUUAGAAGAUCAGAUGAACCAGUUGAAGCAGUAUGAACACAACAUCAUUAACUACAAAAAUAAUAUUGACAAACUGGAGGGAGACCACCAGCUUAUCCAGGAAGCCCUGGUGUUUGACAACAAGCACACUAAUUACACCAUGGAGCAUAUUCGUGUUGGAUGGGAACUGCUGUUGACAACUAUUGCCAGGACUAUUAAUGAGGUGGAGACCCAGAUCCUUACCAGAGAUGCUAAGGGUAUUACCCAGGAACAAAUGAAUGAGUUCAGAGCAUCUUUCAACCACUUUGACAGGAGGAAGAAUGGCCUGAUGGAUCAUGAAGAUUUCAGAGCCUGCCUGAUUUCCAUGGGUUAUGAUCUGGGGGAAGCCGAAUUUGCCCGGAUUAUGACCCUGGUAGAUCCCAAUGGACAAGGAACUGUCACCUUCCAGUCCUUCAUUGACUUCAUGACAAGAGAGACUGCUGACACAGACACAGCUGAGCAGGUCAUUGCUUCCUUCAGAAUCCUAGCUUCUGAUAAGCCAUACAUCCUCGCAGAUGAGCUGCGUCGGGAGCUGCCUCCAGAUCAGGCUCAGUACUGCAUCAAGAGAAUGCCAGCCUAUUCUGGGCCAGGCAGUGUACCUGGAGCCCUGGAUUACACUGCGUUCUCAUCAGCGCUCUAUGGGGAGAGUGACCUGUGAUUCUGUAAUCAUGGAACACCAGAAUGCAAUAAAAGUUGGAGUAACAGUUUGCUUCCUGGAAACCUUGACAGGCUGUUUUAAAUUAAAGAAAAUAUUUUUAAGCAUUCUUACAGCUCAAUAGUUACCACCCAGUGUAACAUGCUAGAAAGAAUAGUGUCUAUGUCAGAGUGUGCCACACUAAGUAGGUGUCUUUAUUGUGGGUUUCUUAGUUUUUUGCUAGUACAAUUUUAGAGGGAUUUCAGGCAAGAAAGAGAAUUCUUUGAACAGUAACAAAUUGGGAGGGUACAGGGAGAGAAAGAAGCUUAAGAAUGUGAAAACUGAAAAUAUUAAAUAUUCAAAACCAGAAAAAAAUACUUUAUUACAAUUUGGUAUAGUAAUCCCUCCUUUCAGAAAUGCCCUUCAUGACCGAUGUAGUUAUGCGACUGUGCCUAGGGAAAUAUGUUGUGGAGGUCAUUGUUUUCUUUUCUUGCUUAUCCAAAGAUUAGCUGUAGCUAGAUAUUUUCAUGGUUUUGUGGCUUUUGCAGUUGAAUUUUAACAUAAGUGAAAUGAAGCUUUCAGGGAAUAGAAACAAACAAGCCAAAAAAACAGAAAGUCCUUUAGCUUUUUAAAAGGGUAAGGAAGUGGAGAAGGGAGAGAGAGAGAGAGAGAGAGAGAGAGAGAGAGAGAGAGACAGGAAGAGAUUUCAGCCCACUCUCAAUGAUGUAGGGGCCGAUUAUCCAACCCAGGGAUCACUGUAAGCCCUUGUUUCACACGAAACACAAGAUGUGGGUGAACACUUAAAUGAAGUCAUUUGCUAGGGGAAAAGGUGGGCUAGUUCAUAACAAAGCUUUUAAAAUUAACUGUGGAUUUCAGUGAGUCAUGCUUUUUCCUCAGACCCUAUUAGCACAGAUUAUCAAGAUUCGAGACUGUACAUAGAGUCCGUAUUUUUGAACUCACAGUUUUUCUACAUGUUCAUUCCUAAUGAAACACUAGUCAGAAAAUGGCAAACUUGAGGUUCUACAAGGAUUUGCUUUCCUUCAUGCCUUUAGUUUUAUAGCCCCUUAGAAAGAGACAGGCAAUUUCACAUGAAUGAAAGUGUAUAAGAAAAGAUGAAUUCCCUGUACUGGUUAUGGCAAGUUUCUUUACUCUGGGAGAACCUAUUUUUAUGUCUAUAGGAUUAACUUGUCCCCUGUAGCAUAUCUAAAUUACACAGUUAUAUUCACAGUAGCAUCCAUCUGACCUUCGCCCAGUGUAAUGUCAAAACCCAUCUGAACAAGCACAGUAUAUGGAUAUAUCUAGAGCUAUAUUCCAUAGAUGGCAUGGUAUAUGUUCACUGAGCAGUUGUCUUGGUUUCUGUUGAAUGUUCAUUAAGCUAUUACUCCUUGAGCUACCGUAUGCUGUGACUCCCCCCCCACCCUGUUUUUCCAUCUUGUUGACAGCUUGUAGAGAAAUAAAGCAAUAAUUUUUUUUUUUA